AUGCCUCCACGCAGAUCGCGACAGGCGGCUACUCAAGUAUCCUCACCAGUGCCGAUACAGUCACAACGGCGAAGGCGAGAUGACACUCCUGAAGAAGAUGAAGACAUUGACAUGGAGGACGCUAUCAGAGAGGCGCAGGGCAGCGGCAGCGUUGAUCAACUAGCAAAAGGUUUGCGCGCGGAUAUCAACGAGAAAGUCCUGGGUUCCUAUACUCGCCUGUUCAAGGACGUCUUCUCGCAGGCUAACAGCCAGCUCAUGGACGUCUUUGGGAUGCAGUUCGUCGAGCUGCCCAAAGCGGACAAGGUGACGCUGCGACAGAAGCGCGCUGCCGCCGGUUCGGAAUCCCAAAGCAAGUCGACCGGUAUAUGGGUCCUCCAGACUAUCCUACCUGAGCAGUACCGCAUACCAGACAUCAUCGGCCCAUCGCGACCGUUAGCAGCCGACUCAGACGAAAUAAACCGAGAAGACUCUUAUGUCGGGCUGUACACCAUGGCCAUCGCCCUCAUCGUCAUAUCUGGCGGUAUGAUCCCAGAAGGCAAGCUAGACCGCGCUCUCAGGCGCAUGAACGCAGACCAGACGACGCCUGUUGGUACCAAAGACAAGACGCUUGCGAUUAUGGCCAAAGACGGGUAUAUUGUCAAGAUCAGGGAGACGCCUGCUGGGGGCGAGGAGACAGUUGACUACAUUGUCGGGCCUCGCGGCAAGGUCGAGGUGGGACGGGAGGGUGUCACGCAGUUCAUACGGAUGAUGUUUGGGGAGAGCGAGGACGUGGAGGAGCUGGAGAAGAAGUUGCAGAGGACGCUGCAGGUGGCGGACGCCCUCAGUGACAGUGCGCCGGUCGAGGCGACUCAAGGUGCAUCGCAGGCGGCAGGGCGCAAACGCGGGCGGCCGAGGAACGACGACGAUGAAUAG